CUUGGACUGAGUUUAUCUCAUGUGUAUAUAUAUAUAUAUUAGGUAUAGUCCUUCUACCUCUACCACAGCAGUACCAUCUUGGUUCCCGUCAACCGAUUCUCCAAAGGCCACUCACCUCCAUACAACCACCAUCACCAACAGACAAUACCACCACAACACCACCACAAUACCACACCAACAAAUCCAUCAAAAUGCUAGCCCGCCGCGGUGUAAUAGCCGACGAACUCACCGAAUCCAGGUCCCACGUCCAAGAAGCAGUACUCGGAAGCAGCUCCGACCAUCGAACCACCCCACAAACGCACUCCGAACAACCACAUCCCGAACCCCCCAAAACAUGUACCGACCCAAACUGCCAUUUCUCGCCCUCUACCUCUGAAUCUGCAUCAGCAACCUCCUCUUCCACCGUUCGCCAAGAGCAAGGAAAUGACCACCACCACAACCACCCCACACACCACCACAGCCACCACCAUCACCAUGAAUGGGAUAACCUCCCAGGAAUCACCUCCGAAGCAGAGGUUUUGCGGCAGAUAAAGAUGCAGCAGCAGCAAAGGGAACAACAACAACAACAACACCACAAAUGGGAUAACCUACCGGGAAUCACUUCAGAAGCGGAGGUUCUGCGGCAAAUGCAGCAGCGGGAACAGCAACAGAAAAACGAUGGUGGUCAGGAGCAGAGCCAGGGCCUGGACCAGGGUUCCGAGGUUCAGGGAGGUAACAGCAAUAAGCCAAAACAAGCGACAUUUAAAGAAGAAGAAGAAGAAGGGCAGGCUGGGAGCAGCAUCACCGGAGGCUUUUCCACGGAGGCCGGAGGACAGGAGCAAGAUAAAGGGAAGCAGAGGGAGGGUGAUAGUCCAAAUAGGGGACGGGGGGCGGGUAGUACAGGGAAAAGUCACGAGGCGAAUGUAGGAAGCUGGAGUCGUUCAAGGGACCGAAGGGGUUCUUCCGCCGAGGACGAGGCGGGAGCUAAAAGAGCAGGAGAAGGAGCAACACAGGGUUCAUAUGACCCCAAUGAUUACGACCGAGGAGCGUACGUGGAGACUAGUAGGGUUGGGUUGGAGUAGUCCGUCAUUCACCACCUCAAUGUCGACUACCUUUCAAGCCAAGAAUUUCUUCUUUUUACUUACCCUUCCUGGC